AUGAAAGAAGUUGUCCGGGGAGAGGUUCUUAAACUGUUAGAUGCAAGUAUCAUCUACCCCAUCUCAGAUUCCAAAUGGGUCAGUCCGACUCAAGUUGUACCUAAGAAGUCAAGAAUCACUAUGGUAGAAAAUGAGAACAAUGAGCUCAUCCCUACUCGCAUCCAGACUGGAUGGCGUAUGUGCAUUGAUUAUAGGAAGCUCAACUCCGUGACGAGGAAGGAUCAUUUUUCGCUUCCAUUUCUGGAUCAGGUCUUAGAGAGAAUAGUGGGACAUGCCUUCUACUGCUUCUUGGAUGGGUACUCUGGGUAUAAUCAAAUUGAAAUCGCAUUAGAGGAUCAAGAAAAGACCACAUUCACUUGUCCAUUCAGGACAUUUGCUUAUAGACGAAUGCCAUUCGGUCUGUGCAAUGCCUCUGCAACAUUUCAAAGAUGCGUGAUGAGCAUCUUCAGUGAAUUAGUAGAGAAUGUGGUGGAAGUUUUCAUGGAUGACUUCUCAGUGUAUGGAGACAGCAUGGAUGGUUCACAGGGUAGAAGAUUGCACCCAAUGAUGCAGGUUAGAGUCAUGGUAGCCGCAGUAUUAGAGUUUCAUCCUCUUGUGGGGGUGGCUCCUUGUGGGCACUAUGCACUGUGCCUCCUACCUUGGGGGCCACCGUAUACUGCACAACAAGAUCGGAAUGAUAACUUGAUGCUAAGAGUCGAGAAUGAAAGACUGAAGAAUGAGAAUUUGCAGCUACAAGUUGCCAUACAAGCAUUGAUAUGCCCAAACUGCAAUAAUAUGGGUUACGAUGAACAACUUCGACUUGAGAAUUUACAAAGAGUGGGUUGCUUUGGCAUAACAUCAAGCCAGCAUAUUCAAACAGUGGAAGCAACAGAAGCGAUGGCCCCUUCGCUUCCUCCUUCCUCGACAAUUCUUUUCCGGGAGCAACAAAUAGACAACUUCAGGGACGUGAUCAACCAAGCCCCUUUGGUAACAAAAAACUUCUCCCAAUUCGUUGGCAACUGUCUGUUUGUGGAAGGCAACAAAUCCUUUGUUUUGGGCCUUGCAAUGUCAUCCAUGGAGGAACUGAUGAAGAUGUGUCAGGCAACUGAACCUCUUUGGAUUAGAUUUGAGGGUAGCAAAAAAGAAGUGUUGAAUGGUGAAGAGCAUGCGAGGAUGUUUCAAUGGCCAUUGAAGUUUCAGCAAGAUAGAGGCAAUGAGUUUAUUGUGGAAGCCUCUCGACACACUGCUGUUGUCGCCAUCAGUAGCUUCAUGUUGGUUGAUGCUUUCCUCGAUGUCAAGAAGUGGGUGAAGCUCUUCCCCUCCAUUGUCUCUAGAGCAACAACUCUUCAAGUGGUCAAUUCAGGCAUUUUGGGACAUGCAAGUGGCUCCCUUCAUCUUAUGUACGCAGAGCUACAAUUUCCAUCUCCUCUAGUUCCUACAAGAGAGGCUCUAUUUCUUCGUUAUUGCCAACUAAACAAGGAGGAGGGGACUUGGGUUAUUGUUGAUUUUCCAUUUGAAAGCAUGGAUGGAAGUUGCCAACCUUCCUCCCCUAGAUACAAGAGAAGACCUUCUGGUUGCAUCAUCAAAGACUUGUCAAAUGGAUGCUCUAAGGUUACAUGGGUAGAACAAGCAGAGGUUGAGUACACACCAAUCCAUAAGAUUUUUUACCUUUUCUUCAAUAGCGGAAGGGCAUUUGAAGCUCAACAUUGGCUAGCUGUCUUGCAAAGACAAUCUGAGAGGCUUGCAAGUCUUGUGGCUACUAAUGUAUCAAAUCUUGGAGGGAUGCAAAUAACCGAAGCAAGGAAGAAACUGAUGAAUCUUGCAGGGAGGAUGACAAAAACAUUCUUUGUGAAUAUGAGCAGUUCUUGUGGUCAAACUUGGAUGGCCCUUUCGGAUUGUGCUGAUGACACUAUUAGAAUCACCACGAGAAGUAUCACGGAGCCUUGCCAGCCCAUUGGUUUGAUUCUCGCUAUUGCAUCCACUUCUUGGCUUCCAUAUUCACCUUUUCUCGCUUUCAAUCUAGUCAAAGAUGAGCACUGUAGGGCUCUGCAGCUAGAUGUUCUUUCAAAUGUGACUUCUUUGCAAGAGGUGGUUCACAUUGCUAGUGGCUCACAUCCAGGAAAUUGUGUCUCUCUUUUUCGCAUUAAUGUAAGUAUGCAUACAUUCCUUUUGAGUCUUGUGAGUAUGGAAUUCAUUCUACAAGAGAGCAGCAUUAGCGAUACCAGUGGUGUAGUGGUGUUUUCUACCCUUAACAUUGACUCUCUCCAACUUGCCAUGAGCAACCAAGACCAAUCCUGCAUUCCUCUACUUCCACUAGGAUUCAUCAUACAUCCCAUGGGAGCACUACUUGUAAAUGACUACUCUAUCACUGGUGAAGUCAAUGGUGUGCCUAAUUCAGGCUUUGAAAGCUUGCCAGGACAAGGUUGUUUACUAACUGUCGGGCUACAAGUUUUGGUUAGCACCAACCCAACUGAAAAGCUUGAGUACUCUGACAUUUUCGCGAUCAGCAAGCCCUUGUGCGACAUAGUCCACAAAAUUAAUACUAACAGUGAUAGAGGAGGAGAUGAUGGUGCUGGUUGUGCUAAUAAUGGCGGUAAUGUGGGCGUUUCUACUAAGCCGGUGGCACAAGAUGAGCCAUCCUUGCAACAAGAUUAG